UGUGUGUUGCACCCUGCUUCCUUCACUGUCAAUUCAUUUCCUUUUCAUUGUCUCCUCUGCAGUGACUGCGUGUUCACUGAUGCAGCAUUACUGGCAUCAUCUCAGUCUUUCAAGAGGUUCAUGGGAAAACGCUGCAGAGGGGAAGGACCUGCGGGAAAAGAGUUUUUUAGGGUGGGAGAGGAGCUUCUUGACUGUGACUUGGACUUGAUCUGCUGUAGAAGGUAGGAAGGACACUUCUGGUCAGGUCAGGAUGCAGUAGCAGCAGUGUCGUAGCUAUGGUUGAAGUGAGGUCUCCACCCUCCUCGUCAAUGAAACUUGAGAUUUUUCCACCAUGCUGGAAAACCCUGCCACCUCUGCCCCUUACAUCGCACUGGAGCUGCUGAUUGCCGUCUUCUCCGUGUUGGGCAACGUGCUGGUCUGUUGGGCUGUGUUCCUCAACAGCAACCUGCAAAGCCACACCAACUUCUUUGUGGUGUCGCUGGCCGUGGCCGACAUCGCCGUGGGCGUCCUGGCCAUUCCCUUCGCCAUCGUCAUCAGUGUCGGCUUCUGCUCCAACUUUUAUGGCUGCCUCUUCAUCGCCUGCUUUGUGCUCAUCCUCACCCAGAGCUCCAUCUUCAGCUUGCUGGCCAUCGCCAUGGAUCGCUACAUCGCCAUCAAGUUACCGCUCAGGUACAACAGUCUUGUGACAGGCCAGAGGGCGCAGUGCAUCAUUGCCAUCUGCUGGUUUCUCUCCAUCAUCAUCGGCCUUACCCCCAUGAUGGGCUGGCACAAGUUCUCUCAGAAAGAGAACAGCGGGUGUCCGCCGGGCCUGAUGAGGUGCCUCUUUGAGGAGGUGGUGGUCAUGGAUUACAUGGUGUACUUUAACUUUUUUGCCUGCGUCAUGAUCCCCCUGCUGCUGAUGCUGGCCAUCUACCUGUGUAUCUUCAUGGCAGCUCGCCACCAGCUCAAGCUCAUGGAGGUCAAGGCGUCUCACGGCGAGAAGUCGCGCUCCACUCUCCAAAAAGAGGUCCAAGCUGCCAAGUCUCUGGCCAUCAUAGUGGGACUGUUUGCCGUGUGCUGGCUGCCGUUACACAUCAUCAACUGCUUCACCCUCUUCUGCCCCAAGUGUCAGCGUCCUCCCCUCUGGAUCGUCUACGUGGCCAUCAUCCUGUCUCACGGCAACUCUGUGAUCAACCCCUUCAUCUAUGCCUACCGCAUCAGGGAGUUCCGGCAAACCUUUCGGAAAAUUAUUUGGCGCCACAUCUUGGGUCGACAGGAGGUGAUGGAAAUACGCGGUAGUAAGCGCGGCUCCCUUCACAGCAACAUCACUGACUCCAUCCGAUUCAAGGCAAACGGCCUCAGCUUUGACCCUUUCACUGAUCAGGGGAGCAGCAGCAGCAUCUCCCAAAACUCUAAUGUCUCCCCUGGAGGGGGCAGCCUGUUGGCAGCAUCCCCAACGCCUCUUGCCGUCUCUAAAGUGGAACCCAUUAGACCAACUGCAAUAGCCAUGUGUCAUCAUCUGCAGUGUUUGGUGGGAUCAGAGGGUGUGGAGGAACAUGACCCACAGAAGCAGAGUGCCGCCCAGGCAGAACCACAGUUUAACAGGCACAACAGGAACAGCAGCAUGAGUGAACUGGCAAAAGUGUCCUGACACACACGCGAGCACACGCACAGACAACUUUCUCCUGCCCUGUAAGUCUGUCACCACUGGUUCAAUGUCUUUUUCAACACUGAGCUGACCUGAGACAACAUGCUAUAAACUAUUGACUGUGGAAGUUUUGACAGUUGUUUCAACUGCAUAA